GCAUCCUACGACUCUUCGAGUUUAUACGAAGAAAAAAUCAAAAUCCAUUUUUUUUUAUAAUCUGAAAAUCUCUCAGCUUUCCUCGAUCCUCUCGUUCCAGUGAUUAAAGAUCCUGAGUUAGGUUCUUGUCUCUCUAGUUAACAAUGGAUAUAAGUAAAAUGAGUCGGGGAGAAAUGACUCUUUUUGGAUCUGCAUGUUGUUCAAUGCUUACGAUGCAUUUCACAGUACAGUUAUUGUCACAGCAUCUGUUUUAUUGGAAGAACCCAAAGGAGCAGAAGGCCAUAAUAAUUAUUAUCCUUAUGGCUCCCAUAUAUGCAAUCGACUCAUUUGUGGGUUUGUUGGAUAUCCAGGGAAGUAAAGCAUUUUUCAUGCUUUUGGAUUCAAUUAGGGAAUGUUAUGAGGCGCUGGUGAUUGCUAAGUUCAUGGCUUUGAUGUACAGUUACCUGAAUAUAUCUAUUAGUAAAAAUAUUGUACCAGAUGGCAUUAAAGGAAGAGAAAUUCACCAUUCAUUUCCAAUGACUCUUUUUCAGCCUCACACUGUCCGGCUAGACCACCAUACCCUAAAGCUCCUCAAGUAUUGGACAUGGCAAUUUGUCAUCAUCCGCCCAGUUUGCUCCAUUUUGAUGAUAGCACUGCAAAUGCUUGGGAUGUACCCCAGUUGGUUGAGCUGGACAUUCACCAUCAUUCUUAACAUUUCAGUUUCAUUGGCCUUGUAUUCUCUGGUGCUCUUUUACCAUGUGUUUGCAAAGGAACUGCAACCCCACAAACCACUUGCAAAGUUCAUGUGCAUCAAAGGGAUUGUCUUCUUUUGUUUUUGGCAGGGAGUGGUGCUUAAAGUACUAGCUGCACUGGGUAUCAUCCAAUCUCAUCAUUUCUGGUUAGAUGUGGAGCACACUGAGGAAGCUAUUCAGAAUGUCUUGGUAUGUUUAGAGAUGGUUGUCUUUUCUGUUCUCCAGCAAUAUGCAUACCAUGUUUACCCUUACAGUGGAGAUGUUGAAUCGAAGUUUAAAUUAAAUAAGAAGGACAAAUGAUUUGAAAAGGCUCAAGAGGAAGCAGGGAAAAAUCUAUAGUAAUAUUUGCUUUGAGAAUUGGUCUGACUCCUGUGGUUUUGGAGACAUGAUAAUGUGGAUUUGAAUGUAAUCAUGUAUGUAUUUUUUUUACUUUUCAUAGUUUGAAAGACAAGGCUAAUUCCAGACAUUUUAUACUGCAUUUUUGGUUAAUGUAAUCAUGUAUGUCAUAUGAUCACUUACUCUUCUCCUUAUUAUUUCA